AGUUCUUUUUCCUGAGAAGUUGAGGCUCUUCAUGAAAACAUAACAGAUGAAAAGACUUGAAAUGGGAAUGAAAAUGCAUAGCCAAGAAGAAAUAGCUGUUCUCCGUUGUUGGAAAUGUAGAAAAUAUAUAGCAAAUUCUGAUUGUUUCACAAACUGUAUUGCAAAACAAACCAUAAAAGAAAGAAAUGAUGAAAAAGUACCUCAGAAUAUUUGUAAUGUGUGGCACAUGAACAUAGAAGCCCUUCCAGAAUGGAUGAAUUAUGCAUUAGAAAAGGCACAGUGGACAAUUGGAAAACUGAAUUGCCCUUUUUGUGGGGCUCGUUUGGGGGGCUUUAACUUCAUCAGCAGCCCAAAAUGUUCCUGUGGCCAAUUUGUAGCUGUUCGUCUUUGCAAGAGCAGGACAGAUUACCAGCUUGUUCAUGUAAUCAGACUAACAAGACCAUCAGCAAAAUACUUGUUGCUUAGUAGAAUUCAGUCAGGCCCUGACAAGGAAAAUAGAGUCAAAAAUACAGGUGUUGCCUGGGAGAACAGAAAUCAAGGGCUUUUAAACAUGGCCCAAAAUAAUAAUGUUCCUGGAAGAUUAACUGAAGCUCUUUGCCUGGAAGUGCGAUCAACCAAUUUUGAGACGAAGAGUAAAAAACCGCACUUCAAAGCAUCUAAUCCAAAAUACUGUCUUUUUGUUCCCCAGUCUGUGAAUGACAGAUGCAGUAUAAGAGCUUUUCAUAGAAAAUCACAUAGUUUGGAUCUGAACAUCAGAGAGAAACUGGCCUUAUUGCCUACUUUAUAUGAAACACAUGGUAAGAUUCCUGCCUGUAACAGGCUAAAUGAAACACAGCCUUUUGACCCUCAUGGCUUAUAUGUAGGUUCUAGUAAAAAUAGAUGUUCUCCUCCGGAAUCAUCCAGUUUUGAUGGUAAUGGGCUACUGCAACGAUUUUCAGUGCCUUCCUGUAAUACUUUAAGACAAAGAGAAGAAGAAUUUCAGUGUGGUUUAGAGGCUUCCAUCGUACAUUCUCACCAUAAUACUAUUGAUGAACUGCCUUUCCGGAUGGACUUUCCUGUAGCUGUCAGUGGUGUGGAUGAGCCUGGUGACCAGGAGGAAGGCAUCUCAUCUAUUGGUUUCUUACAAUCUGCUGGUUUCUCCUUGGAUGCCAUUAACCAAAGGCUAAGCAAGAGAGAGAGAAAUAAAUUAAAGAACCUGAGAAGGAAGCAACGAAGACAUCAAAGAUGGCUCCAGAAACAGACUUUGAAUAAUGAUGUGAGUACAGAUGACGACAAUGAAUGUACAGAAGAAAAGGAAAGCUACAUCUGUGCUGUGUGUCUGGAUGUUUAUUUCAACCCAUACAUGUGCUAUCCUUGCCACCACAUCUUCUGUGAACCUUGCCUCCGGACCCUGGCCAAAGACAACCCAACAAGCACACCCUGUCCAUUGUGUCGAACAAUCAUUUCUAGAGUCUUUUUCCAGACAGACCUGAACAAUGCUACAAAAACAUUCUUUACUAAGGAAUACUUGAAAAUAAAGCAAAGCUUCCAGAAAUCCAAUUCAGCAAAAUGGCCCCUACCAAGCUGCAGAAAAGCAUUCCAUCUCUUCGGAGGUAAGUAAAUCAAUACAGAACAACUUGGUAACAUUUUAGUAUCACUUUUCCUGGAAUUAUUUACCUAUUUAUUAAGA